AGGACAGCACCCCCGAUGGAUGAGGCAGUCUACCCUCAAGCGCCGUCCGAGGUGCUGAGUAGGAGAAGAACUCGUCGCGAGCUGCAACGCAGACGGCCGCGAGACCGAGAGCUAAACGGAAGAUGGGACUGUCUCCCCUCCUAGUGAUAAUUGCCUCAACACUCGGCGGGGCGUGGGCUGGUGCCUGUGGCGAGCAGCAACACGGCCGACUUCCGCCUCUUCUGGUCACCACUGCCGCGACGCCCACUGUUUACGCCUGGCCUGAGCAGAAGGUCGAGCUCCACUGCCGGCCGUCCCAGGCCGGCGGCUGUCGGUGGCUGAAGGACUCCAGAGAGCUGGGCACCGAGUGUCGUCUGAUCACUACUGAGCGGGGCACGAUACGCUGUGUUCGCGGAGAGGAGACGUGCGGCGUCAUCACACUUGAGAACCCGAAUCAUCAGCGAGUCGAAAGCGACCAAUUAAUCGAUUACAAUACCAAUUACGAUUACGAGUACGGAAGCAGUAUUUCCUUUUACGAUGGCUACAUCAAACGAUAUUGGAACUACAACGGCGAAACUCGAUGGAGCCAUAAGUCCUCGAUGUACUUAUGCUCCCGGUCAGGCACCAUCAUUCUCAAAAGCAAGGUGUGUGAUGGUACCAGACACUGCGGCGCGGGGGAAGACGAAUGGCACUGCUCGCCGCCCUGCGGACCGCCAUAUGUGAGCGAGAACACCAAGCUCUCCGAUCCAAAGGAGGAGUACCCGGACGGCAGCGACGCCACCUACGUCUGCGAGAGCGGCUUCAGUAUGGCCGAGUCUCUGAGCGGGCUACGGAGGACGUGCCGCGCCGGCCGGUGGGACGGGGCCGCGCCCGUCUGCCGGCGCAAUGUCGCCCUGGGACAGCCCAUCACCGUCACUGGUUUGCCGAUGGCAGACUGCAAAGUCGCUGUGGAUGGCUCGCUAGACACCUGGUGCAUGCUGGCACCCAGCAACGGCCCCAAGGUCCUGGCUGUCCGCCUGGAGGCCAACGCGACUGUAGAUAGGGUACUGGUGCGCGCGCUGGGUACACGCUACACCGUGGCGUUGCGGCCGAUGAACCAGACCAAGAACGAGGUCAACUGUCCGUGUCAGGAGCUGAGUAGCGACAAAAUAACGCCUACAGUAUCUGGAGUGAGAGUCUGCGUCUGUCCAGAGCAAGCAUCGACCGUCGGGCAGCUCGAGGUGCGGGUGUCGGCCGAGACAGGCGCCUUCCUGGCACUCUCAGUGGCAGACGUCGUGGCACUAGAGAGGUCCGACGAUGGUGAAGGGGACGAAUGCAUACUCCUUGGUCAACCAGCGCACGGACGGUACGAGCCGGCACAGACGGGCACUGUCAAACUCUCGUGCGACCCAGGCUACAGCCCGUCCUGUUCCGACGCUGUCCGGUGCUCCGACCUACAGAGCGGUACCACCCGCCUGAGCUGCUCGGCCGCAGAAUGUCCUUCCCCGCCCGCCAUCCCCAACACCAAGACCGGCCCGAAGAACGGCACCGGCUGGCGCUCUGUGGUCGAGUACAGCUGCGCCGCCGGCUACGCCCUGUACCCGUCGGAACAGAACACUACAUCGACAUGCGACUCGGACAGCCUAUGGUCACUCGGACACAUCUCCUGUGUCUUGGAGACCGACAUCCGCGUGAUUGCCAUGCGGCUGGGCGAGCAGCACGAGCGCAGCAUGGCCACGCUGCGUGCGGAGCUGGAGACCCCGCUGAUGAACCUGUUAGCUGACCAGAAUAGCACCGAGCAGCGGCUGAGCAAGCUGGAGCUCAGCAUGGCCGCACAGCGCGCUGAGCUUCAAAACCUGCUGGCGGGCCAGCGCCAGCUGCUGGCUGACCAGAACAGCGCCCAGCAGCGGUUGAUCAAGCUGGAGCGCGAGGUGGCGCAUCUGAGACUGGCCGAGGGAGCGUACCUGCCCGCUCAGGAGAGAGAUCCGACGGAGGACGCCACCGAGCCCGCGCCCGAGGAGGAGGGUGUGACACAGACUUCAGAGACAGCCCCAGACCGCGCUGUGGUCACCAGUCCUGAGCAGCAGCCGGCCGGCGCCGCGGACUCCGAGGAGCUGGAAGAGGGGACAGCUGAGACCACCCCGCCGUCAGACGUGGAGCUGAUCCCUCGGAUCUACUGAUCCAUCCCCAGACACUCACAUCCUUUUCUGAGCUGCGCACUGUACCGCGCUGGACGGUCACCAAAUCCGGCCUGAGAAGUGAUAGACGGCUUUGCCAGUUGCAGUGGACAGUGGUUUAUGUGCGAGAACUAAAACACCGCCGUCCACUAGUCGCCUGCCACGCACGGGACGGAGGUAACCCUAUAGGUACUGGUGCUUUUCCUGAACCUUCAUCGAGAGUAUUAGGAUACAAUUGUGAGCUUGUAUCGUGCCCAGAUGCGUCUCAGAGACAGCUCAUAGGAGGCAUGGUUUCGCGAAGCAUCACUUCGCAGACAUUAGCCGCUUCGCCAGUUAUUUUGUUUGCCUCGGCGGCAAAUAUGUAUCAAACGUCGCAAUUGUAAUCUGUGACGUGUAUGACGUCACUUUGUUGUGAAAUUAAAAUGGGCAGGUGUAUGUAGGUGAACUGAGGACUACAGACCAGGCUACAUACAUAGGUAGUCCGAGCCGGGCCGCUUAUUCUGAAACUUCCUAUUACACUCGUAUUGGAAAGACUUCGGCUCGUACAUGUUUACGAAUAUAAAAAGUGGUUGAAAUCCGAG